AAAAUUGAUUGGUUAUAUCUUGAGCAAAGGAAAUGGCUUCAGCGGUUCCAGGAUAUAAAAGAACCGAGUCAAAAGUAACGGGGGAAAGAAGAACUUAGUAACCACUUCCAGAGUAAUGCCAUUGGGUCUGUGCCCACGUUGCGCUCCGGUGUUCAUAUUGACGUAGCCCCUGGCAGCCCUGUCACACCCGCAGGACUUGGCAGACGUAGCUCUGUUUUUGUUGCCGAAGGAUGUCCGCUGUUACAGCCGACACAUUCACCGUCUUCAAGCCAGUAAUUCUGUUUAUCAAAUGUUUUGGGCUAGCACCAUACUCUGUGUCUGGAAAACUGGGUUCUCGCCUGCUUCGAACUUCUUUCAUCGACGUUCUGUACAGUGUCGUCUUUAUCAUAGUUUCGUCUUUCCUGGUCAUGUAUCAGCCCAGCUUCUGGUAUAUCUUAAAAGGGGUAUCGAUUUGCAGUGUCAGUGGACGGGUCAUAACCUUUGGGACCAUCAUUCAGUUCGUCCUGUCGGCUUUUGUGUGUCUGUUGAAGCGACACAAAAUAGUUCAUAUCGCUAAUCAGUUGGCCAGUCUGAACGCCUCUCUUAAGCGUUCAUGUGUGUGUGUCUGGAAGAGAAUCUGUCGAAUUCUCCUUUCCCACCUCUUCAUCAGUCUCCUCAGUGUCAUAAGCUGCUUUGUGUCUGAUGUGCUAGCUCGCAUUCAAGACCCACCUUCGAUGUCGUAUAUAACUUUCAUUAUUCUAAGUUUUGCCUCCUUUCUCGUUGAAUUUCAGAUCGUUUGUUUCUUAAUGCUUUUGAAACAACUAAUUUCAGACCUGAAUAACUCUGUCCGUGAUCUUGGAAGAGUAAAAGGGAACAAGGACGAUACAUGUUCUUGUCCCAAAACUUCACCAUUGAACAGUACUGCUCCAGUAUUCGUCAGCUCUGCUUACGAGAAGCUGCGAAACAAUGGUGCUGACACUUCCGGCAGUGAAUUCCGUGACACUAAAGUGGUUUUCUUACGAGAUAUUCAGGACUCCCUCUGUGCAACCUCAGAAAAACUGAACUCUGUUUAUUCUUUCCUGUUGUUGUACACCUCGGCUAAGACGUUCAUUUGUCUUACCCACAAUCUUUAUUUCAUUAUCAUUCACUUGUUCACGAACCAUUCUAAGACGUGUGGUCUGGGGUCACCGUAUUCUAAUUACAUGUGGUUCCUGCACUACGCCAUCAAGCUUGUGUGGCUAGUCUACUACAGCAGCUCGACUAUCCAGCAAGCAAAUCACACCGCAGUUCUGGUGCACAAACUGAUCACCAAGACGCGAGACUCUGGUCUCAGAGAGGAGCUCCGUCUGUUCUCACUCCAGUUGUUACAUCGAAAGGUCAAGUUCACAGCCUGUGGAUUCUUCCCCCUAGAUUUCACACUUCUCUACUCGAUUGUUGGUGCUGUAACAACGUACCUGGUGAUCCUGAUACAGUUUCGAUUAUCCCUCCCAAAAUCUGAGCAAAAUGGAACCACUAUCGCCGGAACACACUGGGUGGGUGUAACCACUCCCACAAUCUUCACGACAACAGUACUGCCCCAGUAACAGCACUUUAUGCCUCUCAUGAAUAAAUAUACAUAUUAUUUUUUAUUGCUAGUGGGGUGGGACUAAGUCCCUUGUACUGCGGCCACUUUU